AUGCAACAAAGUCGAUCCUAUGCACAAUUUUCGAACGAUUACGAUCAUGUCGUUGUAGACAAUAACAAUUCGAAUCCUCAUUUCACACCAAAUGAUUCUGGUAUAAGUUGUGAUGAGGAUGAAAGUGGUUUUUCGAAUGGAUUUGAUUUCGAUACUAUCGAUCCCAUUGAUUCAUCGACAAUAACAAUCACUGAUGAUGCUCAUAGAGCAGCAGUUAUUCAAGAUGAUGACAAGAAAUAUUUCUGUGACAAUACCGUCUGGGCUUGGCAUGGCGAAUUCGGCCGAUUGGUCAUGGCAACCGCUAUGACAUACAAUGUCGACUAUCGUCUUAUACCAUAUGAAGCACGGUUCAUAUGUCCACGUGUAUUAAAUGCUUUCUAUUCAUUGACGCAAUCAGAGAAUGCCAAAGCACAAUUUAAAUGUGAUACGUGUGGACAUUGUUGGACAUCAAUGCGUGCGCGUUGUACAUUCUAUAUCUCGAAACCUAACGAAGGCGGUAUCGUUUUAUUGAGACUUUACGCGCAACAAUGUCAAUAUUGUUAUUCAACUGUUCAUCCAUUGUGGUAUUUCGAUGAAAUAUGUCGAGUGAUGAAAAAACUAGCAAAGACAAUAUGUGAAUGUUUCUUUCCAAAUUCUGUUUCGUCGAACUAUUGGGAUAUAACUCAUAAUGGUACUCAACUAGUACGACGUUUAAUCCAACGAAAAGGAAGUAUGAAUUCACAACAUUAUUCUGCCCUGUGCGAAGCAUGUCAAUUUCAUUCAUGUUAUUCAUAA